AUGCAGUCAGAUAACGGGGUACUGGUUGAAUCAGCCGGUCAGCAGUAUAAACUACAGACCCUCUCAGACUUCCGCAACUUCAAAAAAUUUGCGCUCUCGGAGGAGGCCUGGAGCACGCACUACUCCGAUGCGAUCACGAAGGUGGAGUCCAGACCCUCGGAGGACGCCUCCGUCGGACUCAACAUAGUCCGAGUUCGACGUGAGAUGAAGAUUCCGGGGGUGGACUUGUACGACAACCUCCACGACGCCGCCUACCGUGAGGUGUGGGACGAGAACAUGAUUGAGGGGUACAAUAUUGUGAAGCUGAAUGUGAAUAAUGAUAUUGGCUACUACUCGGCCAAGUUUCCAUGGCCAAUGAAGAAUCGCGACUUUUGCAAUAUGCGCUCGUGGAUGGAGUUUACCAACGGUGAGUUUAUCAUAUUUAACCACUCCGUCACACACAGCGAGUGCCCGACAAAGUCGUCGUUCAUUCGUGCCCGGUCCAUCCUCACGGGGUACCUAAUUCAGCCCUUGGGAAGUGACGGAUGCGUCUUGACGUACGUGACCCAAAGUGAUCCCCGCGGCUCCAUUCCACACGGCAUCAUCAACUUCACCGCGACCCGCCUUGUCCCAAAGGUGCUGACCAAGCUGGAGGCCAGCACCCGGGACUACCCGGCCUAUGUUAGGCAGAACCACACUGUACCGCGUGAAGCACUGCCGUGGCGUACGCCAAAGGUGGAUUGGGAUAGUAAAUGCAACUUUCCAGGUGAGGAGGUCACUUCGAAUAACGCCACGCUGCUUCAGGAGAAUAGGUCUCCAAGUGAGGCGGUACGGUAUAGUCUGCGAGAAGGUGCGACAAGUAUGCCAACGACAGCAACGCCGCAGGUCUCUUUUGUCACGCCUGAGGUUCAGAUGGCAGAUUCAUUGUCACUGGCGCCGGUGGCACCCAACUUCAGCGAUGAUACAAUAGCUAUACAACAAUACAGAGCACUCAUGCAAGAGGCUGUAAAUACAGUGGACAGAACAUAUUUGCAGGAUACAAAAACGCCCGAGCUUUCUCAAUAUUUGACACGGCUGGCCUACAUAAUCGAUGGAAUUAGACAAACCACUCCGCAUUGA